AUGACUAUCAAUAUCGAAAAAACAAAGGACAUGUGGGUAUGCUUCACGGAAUCAAUAUUGGAACCUCCUUCUGUUUAUAUCGGUGAUGAACUAGUUGAAAGAGUGGACACAUUUAAACUACUUGGAAUGGUUCAAAACAACCUCAAAUGGAACAAUCAUGUUGAAACUGUUAUACAGAAAGCUAACCGUCAAGUAUAUAUCUUAAAAGAAUGCAGGAAAGCUAAUCUACUUGUGGAAGCAGGUAUUACCCUUUAUAAAUCCAAUAUUAGAUCUAUUAUUGAAUAUGCCUCACCUGUUUGGGGUGGCCUUCCAACCUAUCUGGUAAAUGAAAUUGAACGAACCCAGACCCGCUGCCUCUGA